UCUGUACAAGGAGGCCAUGAUGGAGGAGCACCAGCCUCUUAUAUCACAGGAAAAUCCCAGCAAGAAUUCUGAGGGAAAGUUCAUGCUGUUAUUAAAUUAUAAAGCUGAAGAUGAGGACAUCAUGCAGCGCUCUGCAAGGGAAAACCUCAUUCCCGUUGUAUAUCCAGGACUUUACAGUACAGAUCUAUCAUAUAAUCCCCUUAAUCAUGAGGAACCUUCUCCUGACCAAUCACACAAUAUUACCACACAUACAAAUCUGAAAGGGAGUGAAAGAUUUAAUUGUGGUAAAGAGUUCACAAAAAGCUCAGGUUUUCCUACACAAAGAAGAAUUCACGCAGGAGAGAAAGCAUAUCAAUGUUCAGUAUGUGGGAAAUGUUUUACAUAUAAAUCAUAUCUUGUUAGACACGAGAGAAUUCACACAGGAGAGAAGCCGUAUUCAUGUUCAGAAUGUGGGAAAUGCUUUAUAAAUAAAUCAAAUCUGGUUAAUCAUGCUAGAAGUCACACAGGAGAGAAACCAUAUUCAUGUUCAGAAUGUGGGAAAUGUUUUACAGAUAAAUCAUAUCUUGUUAUACAUGAGAGAAGUCACACAGGAGAGAAGCCGUAUUCAUGUUCAGAAUGUGGGAAAUGUUUUACAAUUAAAUCAAAUCUUGUUAUACAUGAGAGAAGUCACACAGGGGAGAAACGGUAUUCAUGUUCAGAAUGUGAGAAAUGUUUUACAGUUAAAUCAAAUCUUGUUAGACAUCAGAAAUUUCACACAGGAGAGAAAUGGUAUACAUGUUCAGAAUGUGGGAAAUGCUUUAGACAAAAAUCAGAACUUGUUACACAUGAGAGACGACACACAGGAGAGAAGCCAUAUUCAUGUUCAGAAUGUGGGAAAUGUUUUACACAAAAAUCAGAACUUGUUACACAUGAGAGACGACACACAGGAGAGAAGCCAUAUUCAUGUUCAGAAUGUGGGAAAUGCUUUACACAAAAAUCAGAACUUGUUACUCAUGAGAGACGACACACAGGGGAGAAGCCAUAUUCAUGUUCAGAAUGUGGGAAAUGUUUUACAGAGAAAUCAUAUCUUGUUAAUCAUAAGAGACGACACACGGGAGAAAAGCCAUAUUCAUGUUCAGAAUGUGGGAAAUGCUUUUCAGAUAAAUCAAAUCUUGUUAGGCAUAAGAGAAGUCACAGAGCAGAGAAGCCAUAUUCAUGUUGAGAAUGUGGGAAAAGUUUUAUACAAAAAUUAGAUGUUAGUAGAAAUCAGGUAAUUCAUAUGUGAAACCAUUUUCACAUAUUUUAGCAUAUCGGGUUAUUCAUUAACCUUAAAGGGUCAAUAACAAGGUUUAUUUUUGGAAGUAACUAUCCCAGAUCUCCUAGAUAACCAAAUUAUAUUUCCUUGAGGUCGCUAUGACCAGGUCCAUGGAGUAAAAGUAUUGGGGAUAUAAGGAAGAGAAGAAGAGCCUUGUUUACUUCCACCCACACUGCGGGAGAGUCCAGAGUGACAUGGGGGGGAAGUAACGACGCUCCAUGUAAUUGUUUUAUAAUGUAUGCGGACAUAUUAAUACAGUACUUGAUCAUGAUUCAAAUAGUCUUUAAAAGGAACUUGUCGUGAACAUGGAGUCGAGCUGCAGACAGCUUGUUUAUAGAGCAGGAGGAGCUGAGCUGAUUGAUAUAGAAUUUUAUGGGAAAAUAUUGCGUAUUUUAUACAUUUAACUUCCUGCUCAUUCUGAACUUUGAUGUCAAGGAGGCAGUCCUAUCAGUGAUGGACAGUCUUCCCUCCAUGAC